GCAGCCAGAGUAGCCAGAGUUGCAGAGAGACUGAGACCAACUCAGAAACUUCCAACUCUCGCGCUGAAGCUCCCGUGCUCACCCUCCAACAUGAAGCUCUCGGCAUCUCUUCUGUGCCUGCUGCUCACAUCAGCCACCUUCAGCACCCAGGUGCUUGCUCAGCCAGAUUCGGUUUCCAUCCCAAUCACCUGCUGCUUUACAGUGAUCAAUGGGAAGAUCCCCUUCAAGAAUUUGGACAGCUACACAAGAAUCACCAACAGCCAGUGUCCCCGGGAAGCUGUGAUCUUCACGACCAAACUGGGCAAGGAGGUCUGUGCUGAUCCCAAGCAAAAGUGGGUCCAGACUUCCAUGAAGCUCUUGGACCAAAAGUCCAAAACCCUGAAGCCUUGAACCUUCAUACCUGGACUGAGAGCCCAUCGCUGCCUUAGGAAAACCUUAUUUAUUUCCCUCCAAACUUCCCCGGGUGCAGAGUGAUACUAUUUUAUUAGAAUGUCUGAAAAGAGGCUCUUUGUUUAGUAAUUUAAAACACAGUGUGUCUUCAACAAUAUUUAAUUAUAUUUAAGUUAUGGACAUUUUAUCUACCAUAAAUCCUAAUGAAUGUAAAGCCGAGCGUCUCGUGACGGGUUUCUUUUCUGUGAGCUCCAUCAAGGUCACGGCAAGACGGCAUUGCUCUCCCUCCCCCCUGCCUGUAGUACUGUGAGCUCCUUCCACUGAGCACUAGAGUGAAACAUCUCUGUAUUCUUAGGAAAUCAGUGCUCUUGUAAGUUAAAUGUGUGCUAUGUAGUAUUGUGGUUAAUAUUAAUGUUAUUAAAUGACUGUCGAAUUUUCAGUGAAAAAAAUACACAUAAUUUUAAAUUAUUUGGUCUUGUUUUUCAUGGGGUAACACUUAGCUGGGAAGGAGGGAAAUGGCAGCAAUGGGGGACACUUUGGGGUGUGAAGGUCAUCCUCUAAGAAGUCCUUUAGACUCAACUGAGGAUGAGGAAGAACCUAGAAGGACUGGACCAGGUUGUUCCAGUCCUGUGUCUUCAGUCCCUAUCAUCACCUGCCCUUAUUUAUAGACUCUAGACUCCCAUUUCUUUCCUCACCACUCAUAUCUUUGCCCAGUCUCUCUCUUGAUCUCUUGCAACAGUCGUCAGAUUCCUCUCCAUAACCCCAGGUUUUCUCCAUCGAAUCAAUUCUCCAACCCAGAGUUAUAUCCCAGGAAUGAAACCAAAUCUAAGAGGAAACUAGAUGGUCUAUAACCUAGAGGUCCACUUAAGGACACUGGAGAUGAGUCUUCAACGGGAUGGGUCUUGAGAGAUUGGAAUGUGAUGGGAAAUGAAAGGGUUCUUCAGAGCAGGUACAGGAGGGAGAUGAGGCAAAUGGACCAGAGGAAGGAAUCCCAUCUGGCUGGGCUCUGGGAAGACCAAGAAGUUGGGGUUUUAGAAGUACAGGCUGGAACCAGAUUGUAGGGGCUCUUGAAUCAGCAGGUAAUAGAGAUGCACAGAAAGUUUUGAAAUAGGAGAAAAGGAAAGUGUCACAUUCAGAGGUGAGCAUCAGGAAGAAUAACCUAGCAUCAGUACCGGAUGGAGUGUGCGAGGGCAGGCCUGAGAGCAGGCUGCUGCCCGGGUGCAGCAGAAAUGACGGCGACAUAAAUGGUGCAGGGUGGUAGUGGGGAUGAAGUUCAGAAAAAUGGGCCAGACGGUGAUGUCUUACAUAUUGUAGAAGAAAGAGAGUAACUGACCGGGACACAGACUCUUCUCUUAUAAUCUUGCAAAGCAACUAUUUAGAGGCCUGGCUCCCCUGAGACACAGAACGAAUUUAGCUCAUUCAUUAUACCCUCAACCCCCUCCCAAGAAGUUUAAGUUACAGACGUUUUGCAAACAUCUAAUUUUAUUAGAAACUGCUGAACAGUUUUCUAAACUUCCUACUGGCAAUGUGUAAGAGCUUUAUUUUCUCACCAACACUGCUCCCUAAAUGGGCUGAACCUCACACCCUGGUGGUGACUUUGGCAGAUGCCAGGCCAUCUUCUCCGAGGGCAUGGCAAGAACAAUGGCUACCUCCAGAAGUCCCUCCUUUGCACACUCCUCCUGUCACCAGAUCGGCUCCCCCACCU